UUGUCGCCCCGCGGCCGCCCGCGUGGACCGUGGUCAUGGCAAGCGGCUAGCGAGUAUCCGAACGGAAUAACCAUGACUGAAGACAUACCAGAUACCGGGGCCGUGUUUACUUUCGGCAAGUCUCGCUUCGCCGACAACGAGCCGAGUCACUUCUUCAUCAAGAACGACCCUAUCGUCGCUAUCUCCUGCGGCGAUGAGCACAGUGCUGUGAUAUGCCAGAAUGGGCGUGUGUUCGUGUUUGGUGGGAACUCCUGGGGCCAGCUGGGACUGGGUCACAAAGACGAGGUGACGCGGCCCAGCUGCGUCAAGUGGCUGAAGCCUCACCGCGCUAUGUUCGUCGCGUGCGGACGCGCGCACACCAUCUUCGUUACAGACACCAACGCUAUCUACACCGUUGGCUGCAACGAGGAGGGUCAGCUGGGUUGCGGGGACACGGAGCCACGCAGCGUGCCCCAGCAAGUUGAGUUGGACUCUGUGCCCAUUAAGCAGGUGUCAGCCGGCAGCAAUCACACAGCCCUACUCACAGAGGACGGCCGAGUAUUCGUGUGCGGCUCCAACACGGAGGGACAGCUGGGGCUGGGCGAGGGCACGCGGAACUGCGCCACCUUCACCGAGCUGAAGUUCAUGGAGAAAAUUGCCUUCGUCGAGUGUGGAUAUUAUCACACCGUCUUCAUUACCGCUAAGGGAGCAGUGUUUAUGACCGGCGACAACGAAAACCAGAAACUUGGGAUCCACAAUACAGCUACUACAAUCUACGCGCCAGAAGUGUUGCCAAUAAACGUACCUAUCAAGAGCGCUUGUUGCGGUGCUAACCAUACUUUUCUAUUAUCUAUGGACGAAAGUCGAAUACUGGCCUUUGGGUCUAACGAAAGGGGGCAACUUGGGAUGUCAGAGGGAGUAGAAAAUGUCACCACACCCACCGAGAUUGACAUGGAGAUGUUCGAUGGUUAUCAGCUGAAACUAGUCGCUUGCGGAGCUAUGCAUACUGCGUUUGUCACAGAUAACGGUCUACUUUACACGUGCGGCGAGUUGCGACACAACAAACUGUGUUUGGAGGAGGAAAAUGACGCCGAUAACUCAAACGAGGCAGUUCCCAAUCAAUACACACCUAAGCGCGUCACCGCUAUGAAUGGUUACAUUGUCGACAACGUAGCUUGCGGUGGCUGCCACACUCUAAUAACAGCCACUAAAGAUUCGUACAAAGAUUUUUCAAACAAUGGAUUUAAUGCAGUACAUGCAGAAACGCAAAAACUAUCAUUAACCGAAUUACCACCGCUACAAAAAAUACCAGGACUUAAUAAAACUGAAGAUAUGAUAACUAAUGACAAUACAAAUCUCAACAACAACGAACACCAUACAGAUAAUAUAAAUGGAAAUAAUAACGAUGACAUCGGAUCGAUAGACUCAUUAGAAGCAAAUGUCAGCGGUUCACACAUUGUAAACAUAAAUGAACUUGAUGAGAAUGGAAGUACACACGGCAUACUGGACAUAAACAAAGAAAAUAGCGAUACGUUUUCAACCUUGAACAGUGGAAUAAAAAAUACGGUUGCAGCUAUCGAAACCGAUAUGAAAGAAGUCGUUGGCAAUGCUGAAAAAUCUAUUGAAAUAUCUAAAGAAAAAGUCGAAAAUGUCAUUCAUGACUUCAAGGAAGACACUAUUAAGAAAAUGGAAGUAGUUGAAGAUAUCAUACAAAAGACAGAAGUAAAAUUGGAUCCAUUGCACAUUGAUGAAAAGAAGUCUCUUGGAAUACCGGAUAUAACAGCAGAAAUUGCUAAUUCUCCACCUCCAAAAACACCAAUCAUUCAGGAUUUGCUUCAUAUACCAGACAUAAGUCAAAUGAGUCCAGCUAUAAGUAAACAUAGUGAUGAUGGACAAAAAAGCGAUACGGGCCAAUCGGAAAAUGAAACUAUUCCCUGUGAAUCGGAUAAAUCUAGUCCUCAAGCGGGAAAACCUGCUAAAACACAAGCAGUAAUGCCAAUAGUGAGGAGUGAAGAUCACAUUGACUCCCACAACGAAACUGCUAAUAACGAAGAAGUGGAUGUGGUUGUACAUAAACUGGAAGAGAAAGGACGCUUUGCACGUAUCUUCCAAUCUAUUAGAGAUAAGGAAAACUCUUGCAUGGGUAAAGGAAAAGUUAUAGAGGAAAAAGUUGUAGAAAAUAUUCACAAAGGGUUGGAUAACACAGAAGAAACUGUAACUAAGGUGGAAGAAAGAGUAGAAACAGAGAUUAGGAACCAAACAAACUCCAGAACGUGCACCAUUUUAUAA